CCCAGUUGUCGCAAGUCGUAAACUAAAACUUAAUAACUCGCGUCACUCAUCAAUGACAACCUGGCCUCGCCUCAAGUAAAUAGAAUUUGAAGAUCGCCUUAACAAAACUCGGAUGAAACAUUGACGUUCAAACAUUGAUCAAUGUUCUGAAACCUUUUAAAACCAGAUUGUUACAAAUUAUACAUAUUUACAUAUUUACAUAGUACAUAACUAUCUAUCUCUAUCUCUGUCAUCAACCUAUUACCUUCCCUUAAUUCGCAAUGACCUGUAAAUGAACAACAUUAUACAUACAUAAUCAUUCACCCCGCCAAUACAAGAAACCAUCGUGAAGCACAACAACCUAGUACCCUCACCUCAUCAUGGCUACCCCUCGCUUCAACUCGAAAUCACCCACCAUUAAGCGCAUAUUGAGAGAAGCAGCCGAACUUUCCAACUCUCCGUCCCCAGAUUAUACAGCCUCGCCACUCGAGUCCGACCUCUUCGAAUGGCACUUCACCCUUUGCGGUCCACCUAACUCUUCAUUUGCAGACGGAAUCUAUCACGGCCGCAUCGUCUUGCCACCUACCUACCCGCUUCGCCCCCCUUCCUUCCGCUUCACCACCCCUAGCGGCCGCUUCGAGGCCAACCGAGAGAUCUGUCUCAGCAUCUCAGGACACCACGAGGAAACAUGGCAGCCCGCUUGGGGCGUCCGAACCGCGCUCGUGGCCUUGCGUUCUUUCAUGGAGACUGAUGCCCGCGGGCAGCUCGGCGGCCUUGAUACCAGCGAUGCCGUGCGCCGUAAGUUGGCCACGGAGAGUAAAGGAUGGAAGUGUGCCGUCUGUGCCAAGACAAACGGUGAGAUCAUCGCCGAGUGCGAAGAGCGGUGCAAAGAGCUCGAUGCCGAGAAUAGCGAGAAGAGGCAAGAGGUUGAGGUCCCGGCCGAGUUGAAAAUGGGAUUCCGUGAUGAGAUGGAGAAGGCUAAGACUAAUGAUGGUGAAGAGUCUGCAGAGGAUGGCGAGAGCGCCCAACUAGCCGAAGGAUUCGUGCAAACGGUGCCUGAGAGGGAGAUUUUGCCACCGACAACAACUUCGGCGCGAACACCACCUGUGAGACCUGCGCAAGGCGUGCCACCCCCGACCAGGACAGUACCGCUGCCAAAUCCCGUGGGACGGGCUCCAUUAGCCCAGAUGCCAACUCAGAUAGACCCGAACGAGGGAGUGCCAGCAUGGGUCGACUACGCUAUCGCAUCGCUAACAGUCGUGCUGAUAGCCAUGAUAUUGAAGAUUUUUAUGGGAUACUAAAUGUGGCGACCGAGGAAAGAAAGAAAGAAAGAAGAAAGAAACGAAUGAAGAUGGCACCAGCAACGGCGUUUUGGACGGGAUACAGGAGUUUUGUUACUAUCAUUGAUGUUGCUUGUGGCAUGGCAUGGCAUGAAUAGGUACCUAAUUGCCUAGGUAGGUAGGUAUAGAUACCAAGAAUUGAGUUAUAAUUCGAUUUUA